AUGGAGGAGCCUGCCGACAUGCCUACAGGCUCGGACAAUGCCUCUCCACGCCGUGGUGAAGCAGCUAGGCAGCUGGACGGUACCGAGGCCGAGUGGAGAUAUCGUGGCCGCAACGACCCGGAACCUGUUGGCGCCCAGCCCAUGUCUGCUCCAACUGGCCUUGCCGCCCAGAAGGACGAAGGCUUCCAGCGGUUCUACCGUGCAGUCGUGUCGCCUACUCAUGUCCGAGUGACCGCUGGUGGCCGCAUCGUGCCCAAUACGCGCGGCUCCCCGUCGCCCACCACCAGGUGGCCAAAGGACAAACCCGCAGGCGAGGCAGCCGAGAACAACACCAACCGCCAACCGAACCGGGAGGUUCUCCAGCAAGGCCAAUUUGCUCUACCGCAACCCGUUGGCUUUUUCCCGCAUCACGCCAUGAUUCCAGGCUUUGCACCGGGAAUGGUUCCUGCCAUGCAUGGGAUGCCAGGAAUGCCUGCCAUGCCCCCGAUGCCUGCUAUGGCGGGCAUGCCAGCAGGAGCUGGACCAUAUCCAUUCAUGUGGCCGAUGGGUUUCAACAUGGGAACACCCAUGGGAAUGGCUCCUUCUCCUCAUAUGAUGGGUCAUGUCCCGGGUCUGGUGGCAAUGCCGCCUCCAAACCCAAACUCAGCGACAAAUGACAAGCAGAGUGAGGCAGCUGCGUCAGAGAAUGCCACCCCGACUCGGGCUCCCGCUGCUGAGAAUGGUGAUGCUGCUCGGCCUGUCGUCCACAAUGGACAGUGGAUGGUUCCGCCUGGUGCCGUGCCUCAUUUUGCCAUGGGACCCCAUCCUGGAUUCUUAGGUCCGCCAAUGAUGUCUCCUAUGGGCGCUGGCCACAGAUUCGUUCCCAAUCAUGUCAUGGCUCCUGUGGCCCAGAGCAACGGACAGACGUCGCAGAUGCCACAGCAUCAGGCAAUGGCCAUGCCACCUCCUAUGGCAUUCCCCAUGGUUCAAGGACUUGCGCCCGCCCCUGGACAGCACCACUCCUCUAUUCGAGCCAGCCAGAUUACCAAGAAACAGCUCUCGGUUCUUCGCGCUUCUCUCAGAUGGGCUGAAGAUCAGCUUCAGUACAACAAGCAUCAGAUUGAUGAACGAACUAUGGAGCUGCAUGCACAGUCGUUGCGCAAUUCUAUUGAGCACUUUGAGAAGAUUCGGGACGAGCAAGUGGCCAAUGAGCAAAGAAACCUGCCGAAAGAUCAAGCCAAGGAAAACACAAGCAAAUCUGUGUCUGCAGAUGAAGAACGAUCAAAGUCUCCGCCACCCAGCAGCGCAAAGCCAGAGAACAGCGUCGAGAGUGCCUCAAGCCUGCCCGAAGAGUCCUUCAAUGUGCGAGUUGAGAAGCAGAAAUCGAUGCCUCAGCAUAGCACUUUGAUCUCCAGUCAAGAGAACAAUGCAGUUCAGCUUACCUCAACCGUCCAGACGCUGAGCAUCUCUGAGACCAUUGGUGCCAACAAGAAAUCAUCCACCUUGCCUAUCAACGCAGCACUUGCACCCCCAUUCCAACCUCGUGCUGUGGGCGGUCAGGCUACCUGCGACGGCUUGGCUUAUUCUGUAGCGUCUCUUCGCGAACAAAACGCUACUACCAAGCCUUAUCUUGUUGGUCUACUUCCCGCCGGGGUGAGCGCUGAGAAGGCCGUGAGCACUGAUUACGUCUAUCCACGAACACUGACCGAAGAGGAGCGCCGAGCUCGACACAUGUACUGGGGUAACACUCCUCACGACCUCCAAAGGGGACUACCCAAGUUUGAUGGCAAGGACUUUUAUCCACCUUCUCCGGCCACCAGUCCCAAGAAUGAGUCGAGACACGAUCAUGAGCACGAUUUCUUGGCUGUCAAGGCCCCCGGAAUUGAGAAUGGUGGCAAGAAUGCCAGCACGGACGCUGACCCAUUUCAAUCUUCUCGACGGGAGCAUCAACAUAGGCGAGGCGCCGUGGGGAUCUCUGUCGAGUCGGAUCCAUCUCAGCUCUCUGCCGUGUCCAACAAGGAAGUUGAUUCUUUGCCCGUUCACGUUCCCUCUCAAGAUUCUGGCAAGAAUGGCAUCAGCAAAAGCCGUUACGAAAUCACUACAGCUUCCAGCCCCAAUGCUCCAUCUGAGAGUGAUAGCCCAGACGAGAAUGACGACAAAAGCAUUGUGUUCAAAGGUCGCAACUCUUUGCGCCAGACUCGACAGCGACCUCGCAGCGGAAUUUGGCACGACAUGAUGAAGCGCGGUACAUCGAGCAGCAACGCCGUUCCUGGAACGAUCUCGUCUACAACAGCUCAGGGGGUUCUGCCUCACUACGGCGGCCACGCGACUGCGUCUCUCGCACCCACUGCAACCAAUAUCAGCUCCUCUCCUCGAGAGCACGCAACCAAGUCAGGCAACCCCAAUGAUGGUAGCCCGGUCGGCCCAGUGACGGAGAGACAGAUCGAAAACCGACCUCCAGGUGUUCAAGGUUCGAAGAGGCGGCACCAGGUCCUCUAG